AUGGAGUCGCAGCCCUCAUCGAUGGCCGUCACCCGCAAGAGGGCUGGCAACAUGGCACUGAUGCCACCGCCCCCUCCCACCAAGCGCAUCAAGCGGCCUAGGAAUGUGCUCGACGAAGACACGUACACCGAGGCGCUUUCCAAGAUCAUCGCGCGCGACUUCUUCCCCGGCCUCCUAGAGAGCGAAACCCAGCAAGAGUAUCUCGAUGCGCUCGCGUCCAAGGACGAGGAGUGGAUAUCCAUCGCCACCCGGCGCCUCAAGCACAUCAUGACCCCCGGCCGGAGGACCAUGCCGUCUAGCAUGCCGCAGACGCCGAAAGAUUACAGAGGCGAAACACCAGCAUCAACAGUACCGCCGACGCCGUCCACGGCGAUAACGCAGGACAAGCCAGUGGUCGACGUCAGCCUCAGCCUUGCGGCUUUCCAGGCAAGAUAUACGAGCGAAGACAACGAGAGUUUCUACAAGCUCCUCGACAGACAGAACCAAACAAAAGCGCAAAAGUACGCAUGGCUCUGGACCGGGAACAAGCUGCCGUCCAAGAUGCAGCUCAAGCAGCGGGAGAUAGAGGCACGCAUCGGCCAGACGAGGAGCCUGGAGGAUGAUGGCUACAAGAAGACGCAGCUUGCCAUCAAGGACAAGGACGACCGGCCAGCAGCGCCGGACUCGUGGAAGUGGAAGCCGAAGAAUGAUCUCAUGUUUAAACCCGAAGGGUUGGCAGAUGGCGUCGAGACAAUAGCCGAGAGGGCCGAGGCCGAGUCCAGAGCGCCCCCGAGGGCCAUUGUUUACGCCAACACCAAAGCGCCGAAUCCCGAGAUUGUCCUAUCGCAUGACCCCUCUCGUCCGCCUUCACCAACCCUGUCUGCCGUCCGGGACGCUAUUGCGGGACGGCCGAGGCCUGCGGACCAGGACUCGGCCGUCGCGUCCGGGGGCGAGACUCCACGAGUCAACGGCUACGCUUUUGUGGGCGACGAGGACGACGAGCCGGAAAGGGCGCCUACGGACUCGAUCCUCAGUCUUGGGGCCGAGGACAAGGGCCCAAACCCCUUCCGGCUCCAGGAGCGGAGGAAGCGCGAAGAUUUACACCAUCGCAUGGUCGAUCGCAUUGCCGAGUCUCGGCGCACGGCGUCUCGAAUAGGAAUGGUGGGCAAGGAGGUGAAGACGCCAGGGCCCAAGUUCCCAAACAGCCCGAGAACAACGGCGCUCACGCCGGCGGCGCAGAGACUAUGGAGCAAUCUGGGGAGCUCUGGGAGGAGUCGAUCGACGACGCCAUUCGAUGGAAAAGUAAAAGUUACACCGAGAACAAAGGCGGCACUUCUGAAGAGAGCAGCGCGCUAA